AUGAGUGAACCAUCCACAACACAGAUUCUCGACAAUUCUUCAUCGGAAAACCCUGUUUUUGUAUUCAUGUUUGAUUUUGAUCAUACGCUUGUGGAUGAAAACACUGACACUUUUGUAUUUCAAGAUUUGAAACCAGAAAUGAUGACUGAUUUGAAAAAUUGGAGACAUUCGGGAUUGUCUUGGACAAAUGUGAUGAGAAAAGUGUUUGAAAAGCUAUUGUCAACAUGUACAGUACAACAAGUCACUGAAUGGAUGGAAAAGUGUCCAAUUAGUGAAAAGACAGUUGAGUUUUUGAAGGAAAUUAACAAAUGUGGGCAUGAAAUUAAUAUUAUUUCUGAUUCGAAUAUGUUUUUUAUCUCAACAAUUUUGGAGAAACAUCAGAUUAGAGAAUGCAUUUCAAAUAUUCAUACAAAUACUACAUUAGUUGACCAACAAAAGAAUACCAUUGAUAUUACAGAAUAUUCUGUUGCAUUCAACAAACCACAUACUUGUGAAACAUGCCCUGAAAAUAUGUGUAAGGGAGAAAUUGUUAAGGAAAUUAUGAAUUAUCAUCUCUCACCUCAUCCACACCACACUCCAAAUAUCCAAUUCAUCUAUUGUGGCGAUGGAAAGAAUGAUUUUUGUGCAUGUAAACAAUUGAGGUCGAUUGACCUUGCACUUCCAAGAAAGGAUUUCACAUUAGAAAAGGUUAUUGAAUCACGUCCAACAGAAGUAUCCUGUCAAAUCAAACUUUGGAAUAGUUUUGAACAUUUGAAUGAAAUUAUUCUUGAACAAUUGAAGGAAAAAUCUCAAUAAUUCUAACAUUAUAAAUUCAAUUAUUCAUUCUC